AUGGUAUUGGGGUUACAUAGUGCUCGAAAUGUAUGGCGUGCAAAGUGCUACGCGGAACGGGCGGCCACCAUGACUGUGCCGUGGCUCCCACCGACCCCUCACGAUGUGAAUGACGCAGAGGUGUUAUGGAAACGCUUUCGGGACGGUAUCCUACACCUUACUGACAUGUUCGCCCAGGAACUCGCAACAGACAGCGAACACUGGGGCCACCAUGGUUUGAACUACGACGAUUAA